CAACACCGACCAAUGUCUGUGUCAUCAUCAUUUUAAAAAAUCUUUGCAUUAAAAUAAUUUUCAAUUGAAUUACUAUAAAUUGCUAUUCCUUUUAAUUCAUUGGACAUAAAACAUGUCGGGCCGCGAAGGAGGCAAGAAAAAACCACUGAAGGCGCCAAAGAAGGAGUCAAGGGAAUUGGACGAUGACGACCUAGCGCUAAAACAGAAAUUAAAAGAACAACAGAAGGCAUUACAGGAAGCGAAAGCAAAGGCCUCUCAAAAGGGACCAAUGACUCAAGGCGGCAUAAAAAAAUCUGGCAAAAAGUGACAAAACUAAUGUCACUAUUUUUAUUUAUAGGCUGUAAAUUUCGAUGUAAGAAUGUGAAGGAUAUUGUUACGUAAUUUCUAUUUAACUGUAAUAUGUUACACCGCGUUUCCACCAAAAUACAUAUUGUAUGUUAUUUAAUUCAUAUUACAUUCUCAACAGAAACA